AAACUGAACAGAAUUGAAGAGGCUACCAUAAGAGGUCUGUCCAAAUGUUUAUUUACUGUAUACAUUGACAUUCAAACUGCACAGAUGUGUAGAGUAUCAACUAUCAUUGGAAGGAGUUUCACUCAUUAAAGUUGUGCUCUCAAAGGUACUACUGUUUGCAGCGUGUGGAAAUCAGAACCAUGUCUGAACGGUGUCCGCGGUGCACAAAGCCUGUUUACUUCGCGGAGCAGGUGCUUGCAUUGGGCAAAAAGUACCACAAGCUUUGUCUCAAGUGUGGUGAGUGUAAUAAGCUGCUGGACAGUUACUCAUGCACCAACCACGAGGAUGAGGUCUUCUGUAAGGCCUGUUAUGGAAAGAAGUUUGGGCCUAAAGGGUAUGGAUUUGCUGGUGGAGCUUCUGGGCUCUCGAUGGAUACGGGCAAGGCUUUCGAGGUGUCCAGAGAGAAUAUUUCGAGCUACCAGAGGGCACAGGCAGCCCCAACCCUGGAACGCAAUGGGGGUGGGGGAAAGUGGGGUGGGGAAAACGCCUGUCCACGAUGCAACAAAAGUGUGUACUUCGCCGAGGAGGUGAGGGCUGUCGGCAAGAAAUGGCACAAGAUGUGCCUAUCAUGUGCAAAAUGCAACAAGAUGCUGGACAGCACCUCCUGCUCAGACCACGAGGGUGAGGUGUUCUGUAAGGCAUGCCACACCCGUAUGUUUGGACCCAAGGGAUAUGGAUUUGCUGGUGGGGCAUCUGGGCUCUCCAUGGAUACCGGCAAGGCUUUUGAAGUGACCAGAGAGAAUAUUUCGUCAUACAGCCAGGCCCAGGCUGCUCCCCUGUUGGACAACACAGGGAACAAGUUAGGUGGUGGAGACCUGUGUGCUGCCUGUGGCAAGACUGUCUACUUUGCCGAGAAAAUCAUGGGCGCAAAUAGGAUGUAUCACAAGCAGUGUUUCAAGUGUGCAGGAUGUAGAAAGGCCCUGGACUCCCACACUAUGACACAGCGUGAGGAUGAAGUCUUCUGUAAAAAUUGUUAUGGAAAGAAUUUUGGACCAAAAGGGUUUGGAUUUGGGUCUGCUCUCCAGCAUACGUAAUUCUUCUGUGAAGAACUGGACCAGACAAAAGUGUCAGGGAACUGGCAUUCUGAACGGUUGUGACUUUAGGCUGUGGAACAUAUUGUUAUAUGAUUUAACCAAGUACCAGUCAUUGUAAUCUUCGUGGAGAAAUACUCAAGAAAUUCAGGAUUUUUGCCUCAUACUUUUUGUUUUGGUCAUCAUGCUUGUUUUUCUUAAAAAAAAAUUGUUUUAAAGUAUGAUUUUUUUUACUUAAUUUCAAUAAUUUGAUUGCAGACAAUGUCUACACUUUAUAAGAACAAAGUCACUGGAAGGUUUUAAGUUUUAUCAGAAGUUUUGUUUUUUCAUGUUGUUUUAACUUGAGUCAUUUUAUGUACUGGGCAAGUGCCUAAUUACUGAAACUACUUAAAAUUUGGACACAUAAUAAAAAUAUACUGGUAAUUGCACUAUUCAUUUUCAUACAAAAAUGUUUUUAAAUACUAUGCCUCAUUAAAACUACAAGAUACAUUAAAAUUCCUUCAUUUAGGUAUAUUCUACGCUAGGUAGCAUUUGAAUAUUCCUCGUUGCUGUACCAGUACACAAGACACAGGGAUAAUGUAUUAUACAUAGUGGUGUUAAACUUUCACCAAUAGUUUGCUGAUAUAGUUUUUACAUGACAAAGGUUUUCAUUCAAGUUUUACAUUUUUGUUUACAGUUAAAUUUCAUUUUCGUGCUGUUAUAUAAUGAACUCCUUUUUUUUUACUUUUGGUUAAAUUCCCUGCCUGUCAACUAUCUAGUUGCAUAGUUAUUGUAAUGUGACUUGAAAAAGUGUGUGGAAAUAGGUACUUGCCCAGUAGCAAAAAUUUAACAAUUUCAUUCAUAUUAAAUUGUUUUAUUUUCUUGCUGAAUUUGUUUAGAAUAUUACCAUUAAUGUUUUCGGCUAUUAUUGUUAUUGCUUGUUUGUUUUUUAAUCACAUAAUUCACAUAUAUAUAUAUAUAUAUAAUGGUUUUGAGCAUACAAUGUAGAGAUAAAUAUGUUCUGAAUGUAUUAACAGAUGGUUAACAUCCGUUAUAUAAAAAAACAUUAUGAUAUAUAUAUGUGAGAGGAUGCAAAUGAACCGGGGUGUGGGUAACCAAUACAUCAGAAAUGAUAUUUACGUGUAGUUAUUAUGCAUACGUGCUUUUGCAUGUGCAAAUAUAGGGCUAGAUCUGAUUUAUCAAAUUAACAUACAGUGUGUUUUGUAGAAACAUUCCAUUCUGAAACUUAAUGCUUUCUCAGAUCGCCAUUUGUGAAACAUUCAGUAAGAUGCAACAGAAUGUGAAUAGAUAUAUCAUAUAAUGUACAUGAAUACUGUACACGCUAUUGUUUGUUUCACAUACUAUAUACAACCAAGGUUUUUGGUGAUAUUUUUUCUUCUUUUUUCAUUCAAAUGUUGUCAAAUUGGCUAAAAUGUGCCCAACUUGACCUUGCUUCAUAUGUCAAACCGAAGGUGUUGAAAAUUGAAAUCUUUUAUGAAAUGAAAUUUUCUUCAAUUCAGUAAAAUAAUUUAUUAUAUACUUUCUUAUAGUUUAUAGUGAUUUAUCGGUCAUGUAAAAAAUUAAAUUUCUCUGUUUGAAACUGUAAAAGUAUCCUUUGAUAUUUUUCAGUUUUAAAAAAAUUCAGCCCACUGUCCAAAUCAAACAGUAGCACGCUCAGGACAGGGACACAAUAUCAAUGUCUUUCAAUAUCACUUUUAGGCAUGUAAUAAAAAGUUGUUGUUUUUUGUAACAGUGUAAGAUCACAAUAUAUUUCUCCUCCUGAACAUCAAAAGUGAAUAUUUCACUCCUGGCUGCACCAUUUGUGAAAUAUAAAUUCUGGUGCUCACUCUUCGAAAAUUUGUGCCAUCGUACUCUUAUUCUCCAUAUAUCCAAAACAGAGGGCUGUAUAUCUUAAAUCUUUCUGGAUAUCUUAGUUAAAUUAUUGAACAAGUUUUUAACAAGCAUUCUUAAAAAAUCUCAAAUUUUGACUUUGCCCUUUCAAAAUUAAAUUUCGCUGUAAAAUCAGAAUUUUAAGAUUUAUGUGAGAAAGUGUUACAUUGUCACUUGCAAGAUCCCAUAAUAACAUGUUUUGUUUCUUAGAAUUUCAUUGAAAAUGUUAAUAGCAAAGACAUUUAGAAAAUCAUUACUUCUACAGUUUGUGAAACACAAUUUCGAUUUCAUUUUUGUCCAAUCAUGUAACUGGCUUCAUGUUGUUAUCUAAUUAGGACUAUUUUUGUAUAUAUAAAUGUAUAUUAUUUGUGAAAUUGAAUGCACACAUGAAUGUCUGCAAUGAGUUUUGUGAUGUAGAUUUAGAUAAAACCAGUACUGUAGAGCACUGUGUCCACCAAGUGUGCAGUACUGUAGAGCACUGUGUCCACUAAGUGUGCAGUACUGUAGAGCACUGUGUCCACUAAGUGUGCAGUACUGUAGAGCACUGUGUCCACCAAGUGUGCAGUACUGUAGAGCACUGUGUCCACUAAGUGUGCAGUACUGUAGAGCACUGUGUCCACUAAGUGUGCAGUACUGUAGAGCACUGUGGCCACUAAUUGUGCAGUACUGAAGAGCACUGUGUCCACCAAGUGUGCAGUACUGUAGAGCACUGUGGCCACCAAGUGUGCAGUACUGUAGAGCACUGUGGCCACCAAGUGUGCAGUACUGUAGAGCACUGUGGCCACCAAGUGUGCAGUACUGUAGAGCACUGUGGCCACCAAGUGUGCAGUACUGUAGAGCACUGUGUCCACUAAGUGUGCAGUACUGUAGAGCACUGUGGCCACCAAGUGUGCAGUACUGUAGAGCACUGUGGCCACCAAGUGUGCAGUACUGUAAAGCACUUCGUCCACUAAGUGUGCAGUACUGUAGAGCACUGUGGCCACCAAGUGUGCAGUACUGUAGAGCACUGUGUCCACUAAGUGUGCAGUACUGUAGAGCACUGUGUCCACUAAGUGUGCAGUACUGUAGAGCACUGUGUCCACUAAGUGUGCAGUACUGUAGAGCACUGUGGCCACCAAGUGUGCAGUACUGUAGAGCACUGUGUCCACUGAGUGUGCAGUACUGUAGAGCACUGUGGCCACUAAGUGUGCAGUACUGUAAAGCACUUCGUCCACUAAGUGUGCAGUACUUCAGAGCACUGUGUCCGCUAAGUGUGCAGUACUGUAGAGCACUGUGUCCACUGAGUGUGCAGUACUGUAGAGCACUGUGGCCACCAAGUGUGCAGUACUGUAAAGCACUUCGUCCACUAAGUGUGCAGUACUGUAGAGCACUGUGGCCACUAAGUGUGCAGUACUGUUGAGCACUGUGGCCACCAAGUGUGCAGUACUGUAGAGCACUGUGUCCACUAAGUGUGCAGUACUGUAGAGCACUGUGUCCACUAAGUGUGCAGUACUGUAGAGCACUGUGUCCACUAAAUGUGCAGUACUGUAGAGGACUGUGUCCACUAAAUAAUAUUAUAUGUGACACUAUCAUCUACAUAAUCAGUGUGUGUAUACCACAUGACUAUCAUCUACAUAAUCAGUGUGUGUAUACCACAUGAUAAACUGUGUCAUAAAUGUUACUGUAGAGCACUGUGUCCACUAAAUGUGCAGUACUGUACUGUGUCCACUAAGUGUGCAGUACUGUGGCCACUAAGUGUGCAGUACUGUAGAGCACUGUGGCCACUGAGUGUGCAGUACUGUAGAGCACUGAGUGUGCAGUACUGUAGAGCACUGUGUCCACUAAGUGUGCAGUACUGUAGAGCACUGUGGCCACCAAGUGUGCAGUACUGUAGAGCACUGUGUCCACUAAAUGUGCAGUACUGUGGAGCACUGUGUCCACUAAAUGUGCAGUACUGUAGAGCACUGUGUCCACUAAAUGUGCAGUACUGUAGAGCACUGUGUCCACUGAGUGUGCAGUACUGUGGAGCACUGUGUCCACUAAGUGUGCAGCACUGUGGAGCACUGUGUCCACUGAGUGUGCAGUACUGUAGAGCACUGAGUGUGCAGUACUGUAGAGCACUGUGUCCGCUAAGUGUGCAGUACUGUAGAGCACUGUGUCCACUAAGUGUGCAGUACUGUAGAGCACUGUGGCCACUAAGUGUGCAGUACUGUAGAGCACUGUGUCCACUGAGUGUGCAGCACUGUGUCCACUGAGUGUGCAGUACUGUGGAGCACUGUGUCCACUGAGUGUGCAGUACUGUAGAGCACUGUGUCCACUAAGUGUGCAGUACUGUGGAGCACUGUGUCCACUAAGUGUGCAUCACUGUGGAGCACUGUGUCCACUGAGUGUGCAGUACUGUAGAGCACUGUGUCCACUAAGUGCACAGUACUGUAGAGCACUGUGUCCACUUAGUACAUGCACUUCUCAAUAGUCUUAAUAACACUGAGUAGUAACUGUUUUUAGCUCUACUGGCCAAAGGCCAGAAGAGCUUAUGCGAUGGUAAUGUGUACAUAGUAUGUGCAUCCGUGCGGUCGUGCGUUCGUGCGUCUGUAAACAAUUGCUUGUGAACACGAUACAGUCUUCAGUUUUGAUUGUAUCGCGAUGAAACUUGUACAGUAUCUAGAUAUCCAUUAGAGCUUGGUUCCUUUCGAAAACCAGCCAGAUCCGCCCAUAAAUGCCUAGAUUUUGGGCCAUGAAAGUUUUAAAGAAAUGCUUUCUAUUUUUAGCCAGGUCUGCAUGAGCGAAUUCUAUUUUUAGCCAAGUUUACACAUGUUAAUUCAAGUCUAGAGUUAAGGGAGACAAUUUGCAAGUCUAGGAUUUUGAGAGACAAUUUGCUUUUUGCUUCUGCAGUUGAUUUUGUGAAUUACUCUGCCUUGUUCUUGUUGAAAGCCCAAAGGCCAUUUUUUAGCUUUAAGUUCUGUAGUUUGCGCAUUCAGCUUAACAAAAUUGGUUGUGAAUGUUUAAGUUAUUCACCUGGUGUCAUUACUGGCCACACCCAGGGUUCACAGGUUUGGUAAACAUAAAUCUGGAAAGGUUUGAAAAUCUUUUUGUGUGUUCGUGCAUCCAUCUCAGCACAAUUGAUAGUGAAUUUUGUUCAAAUUGAUCAAUGUUGUCCUAGGAUGCCCUUGACUUUGACCUUUUGACCAACUUUUUUUAACUUUUAAAACUACAGAAAUUUUUACUAUGAGUACAGUUUUGAAAGCAUUUUUUUUUUGUCAGAUGACUUUUACUUGGCACGUAUUUGAAUAGUUCAUGCAACUAAUCUGCUUACAAUACUUUCUGGGCUCAGAUGUUGAACGUGCUACGUUUUCAGGUAACCCAAACACAAAACAUAAAGUAUAUGUCUGUUGCCUUUUACCCAUACAUACAUGCUCUGGAUUGAUAUGACCACAAAAGCCAUGCCAGUAGAGCAUAGGCCCUUUUGGGCCUCUUGUUAAUUACAUGUAAUUAAUUAACAUUCUACAUGUGCAGAUGAAACAAAUGCUACAUUUGUUAUACCUUCUCACCAAUGCGUUUUAUUACAAGUAAAGUAUAGGGCUUUUGUGUUCACGAAAACUUGCUAUUCAGAAAAAAUAUUAUAUUUUAUCCUUUUUAUUAGGAUUAUAUAUACACUCUUUGUCUAAAAAGUUAUAAAGGUAUUUUAUAAGACUUUUAUCUGCUGGGUUGUGGUUUAUGAAAAGCUAGAUAUAUUUAAAAUAUGUAUAAACAUGUAAUGCAUACUCUUUCAAUUUUAUAGAAAUUGUAUUUUGAGUUUAUAUACCGUAAUAGUUAUCCACCAUAUGGGACCAAACAGCUCAUCAAAGAUAUAUGUGACAAAAAAUCUAAAUUGCACCACAAUUAUCAUAAUGAAAUUGAAGGUUAUAAACAUUGUAAUACGUUGAAUAUGACAAAGUUAUACAAUAUGAUCUGACUCACAUACAUGUAAUUGAGCAUUGAUUCAAACUUAUAGUUUAUUCUAGUCCAUGUAUAAUAACGCUUUUUAGUACUGUGAAAAAAAGAAAUAACUAUCUCAGAAAGGA